CAACCCAUACGACACGCGCCCGGCCGCCGAUGAGGGUCUGCUGGAGGGGAGCCGGUGGGGAGCCCCGGGCCCCGGGCCCCGGGCCCGCGAGGGAGCCCGCCGCUGCAAGGCGCACAGCACAGCCAGUCUGCGUGCACGCCAUGGGCAAGGAGGACGAGACGCGCGGGUGCCCGGGCGGGGUCCCGGGUGGCGGCCAGCACCUCACCGCCGAGGGCGGCCGCGCCACGCUGCGCCUGUGCUGCAUCGCGAAGCCCGGGGCCGCCGGGGCCGCCGGGGCCGCCGGGGCCGCCGGGGCCGCCGGGGCCGCCGUCGGCGCCGGCCAGGGCGCGGCCUCCAGCUGCGGCUUCCACAUCAGCCGCACCCAGUGGGACCCGUACCCGUGGGUGUCCGCCGUGGAGACGGGCAGCCCGGCGGAGCAGUCGGGCCUGCGCCCGGGCGACUGCGUGCUCGAAGUCAACGGCGAGGACGUGCUCGGCCAGCGCAUCGGCGACGUCGCGGCCAAGGUGCGCGCCGGCCGCGCCAAGGAGCGCCUGCAGCUGCUCGUCUGGAACGCGGGCUGCGACCCCGGCACCGCUGUCACGCUGACGGCUGGCUCGGGUCCGACGCCGCUGAACCUGCAGCUGCUGAGCUCGUGCCUGCAGCAGGCCUCCCAGCUGCUGGAGUGCCCCGUGUGCCUGGAGGGCGUGUCGCCGCCGGUGUGGCAGUGCUGCCACGGCCACCUGCUGUGUUCCGGGUGCCGCUCGCGGUCGGACCGCUGCCCUCUGUGCCGGGUGCCGCUCGGGCCCCGGGGCCGCAGCCUCCUCGCCGACAAGCUCCACGACCUGCUGACGCAGACGUACCUCCGCUACUCGGAGCAGCGCCAGGGCGGGGCGCCGGCCGGCGCGCAGGCCGCUCUCCAGGACGACCAGGUCACCGAGGCACAGCACCAGCAGCAGACGAACGAGGACUCCGUCGACCAGCGCGUCGGAGUGCUCACCCGGGGCCAGAGGCUGACGGCUUCCUCCGAAGACGUGUCCGCGCCGGCACCUGCGCCCGCCGGCCAGCAGCCCAGGGCGCGCUCACAGUCCGCCGGGCACAUCGGCGUCGUCCUGGCUGACGGCAAGGAGGACCCCGUCGUGCACUGCCCCUACGGCUCCGCCUGCCCCAACACGUGUCCAGCUUCUGAGGUCUUCAAUCACCUGAGAGAGGAUCACGACGUGCCGCUGCUGCAGUACUUCCCCCGGGAGGGCCGGGAGCUCUCGCUGCCGCGGCCGGAGCUGCCCGAGCGGCGCUCCAGCCUGACGGCGCUCACGACCAAGGCCGGCGACACCGUGUUCCUGCACGCCGAGCGCGGCUGCAUGUGGCUGUGGGCGCUGGACGCGGCCGCGCCGAGGACCGCCGUCGGCGACGCUGCCCCAGAGGCCGCCCCCGCUGCCGAGGCUGCCGUCGCCGCCGCCGCCAGCACCCUCCACGUCGACGUCGCCGAUGACGCCGAGCUCCGCCUGCUGCCCGUGUUCCCGCUGACGGCGUCCUGCGAGGACGUCAUCGCCUCGGGCCGCUGCGUGCGCCUGCCGCAGCAGGAGGUCCGCAUCAGCGUCCGCGUCGCGCCGUCCGGGACGCCGACGCCGGGGCUGUCGACGGCCACCCCACCGCCACCCGCGACCCUGGCGGCCAGCUAGAGACACUGCGCCAGAUAACUCGCGAGUUUGGGCCUGCUGACCCCCUCCCCCGCCCGGCCCGGUCGCCCGUCAGGCAGUCCAGGAGAACCAGACUGACCUCACCAACCAGUCGCACUGCCCAGGAGUACACGGCUGCGGGGCCAAACCCACAGCGAGGUGUUUAUUUAUAACCACGGCUACCGAGGGCUACCAACGGCCCCUCGGUCGAAAACUUUGGGAGCUGAUUCGUGACUCGUUCAGUUCAAAUGUAUUCAACGAUAACGAAACUGUCAGAAAUAGUGCUGCUCUUGUAGCCGCCGGAAAAGAAAACCGGCAAAUAAUUGUCAAAAACAAAAUAACCUCACGAGCCGUCGAUUUUCCUCCGGUUUCUCACGGAAUUAUACGGGACUUUUGCGCGGCCCCCGACGGCAUGCGAGACCCAUCAUCCGUCCUUCUCUCCUUUCGCAACGAUUUCGAGUGGAGCGGCGUCAGCAGGGUCUCUGCUCGGAUGGCCUUAGUAGCCGAGCGAUGUAAAGGUUUUGUUGUGCUUUUUGUAAUGCGAGACCCCCGGUGACCCGCGGCGGCAGGUCUCACGUCUGUGAUAUAAUUUGUUAAUAGGACGUCUACAUCCCUCCUCUUCGCAGUUUUUCCUAUAUCUAGUACGCUCGCUGCGAGGACUGGUGGGAUGAGACGGAGUUUGUAAGUGACCGACUGUUUUACGCUGUCAAAUAAAUUUUGUUAAGAAAA